AUGGCUUUGUGGCGCUUCCUCGGGGACCUCUUUCACGUCCAUGACUCUGCUCCUACACCCGCCGAAAUCGCCCAGAAACGGCGGCCAGUGAAAGCCAAAGCUACCGUAGCACAUCGACGUCCACUACAAACCCAGUCGUCGUCGUCGCUGGGAUACAACGAUUUUCUCAAUGCCAUUGUCGACACCGACGAUAUCAAGGCUAGCCAUGUUGGCAGCAGCAGUGUCACAUCGCGUCCCUCGAGCGACUUGGACGAUGAUCCGUUCACGCCGCGCAAUCACUCGACUCGACAUACCCGAGAUCCUCCUGUUCAAGUUGCAUCAAUGUCGUAUGCAGGGCCACAACGCCCUAAGCGCGGUUUCGACACACGUCUAAAAGCGCCACCGCCUCCUCCGUCAUCGUCUCGACUGCCAAGGCUUCGAGAACGAUCGAUGCAGGUUCCGCCACUGUCGUCUUCCACCAAAGCCCCGUCGUCUUUCGCUAAAGCCCCGUCGUCUUUCGCUAAAGCCACGUCGUCUUUCACUAAAGCCCCGUCGUCUUUCACCAAAGCCCCGUCGUCUUUCACCAAAGCCCCGUCGUCGUUCACCAAAGCCCCGUCGUCUUUGAACCCGGCAAUCCAGAAACUGCCACCACUGUCGACGCACCGCCGAGGUUCCAAGUGGCUGUUCGACUACCAAGACAAUCAACCAUCCGCCAACGUCGACAGCUUUGUUACUCCAGCAGUGGAAAAGACACGAAGCAAUCGAGUUCAAGCGGCCAAGGGCGUUUCAUCGGCAUCCACUGCCCGAGCACCCCGAACACCGAUUGAUUUGACUCAUUUUGAACUGCAACUACUACCGCAGCAACGACGACGAUCCCCCUAUCAUACGAGAAACCAUGCGUUCAACAUUGCCUCGGAAUUGAGCGGACGAAAUAGCGACGAAGACGGUCGUUCCAGCACGAGCUCCCUCCGAAGUCCUCCGGUAUCGACGUGUGACAGCAUGGCAUCCUACGAUACCACAACACCGCGUCGUCCAGUUGCGGGGCGGUUAACCUCGUCCGAGUACUUGGCUCGACACGCAUCGAACGACUACUUGACGGUGCAUCCACCUGAGGGUGGGAUGUGCGCAAGCAAGUUACCACCGCCACCAACGUCGUCGAAUACCAUUUUGAGCCAAUUUCAGGCCAUCCGAUCGCGCAGCGACUCGACAUUGGUGGGGUUGAUGCGGAGGCCAUCCAUGGACUUCAGCACCCGCCUCAGUGAAGCAGCCCAGCGGAUUCCAGGAGAUACACUACUCCCAACUUGUCGACGGCUUGCGCGAACCAGCACCCCCAAAACGACCAAGCGGGUUCGAUUCACAGAUUAG